AUGUCUCUUCUAUUGCCGUCCGCAAUUGUCUGCGGGCCGCAGACAAAUCUUCCAUCUAAACGCAACCUUGACCGGCUGCGAAACUACCUGACACAGCGCUCAGACGUCGAACACCUGCUACAGGCCGUCACAGAGCUCCCAGACUUGCUAUCUGCUCUGCAAGAGCAUGAUCCUGAUCUGCGUUUAAUUCCCGUAUCGUCUCUCAACCAUCUGCGUGAAUGGUGCCUCGACCACAGCAUCGUUCUUCAAAUUCCGGAGACAUUACCAAAUGUUCUUCUUGCGCCGUUGACCGUCUUAAUUCAUAUUAUCCAAUACCUAGAAUACUGUGACCACCUGUCAUCAGAAGAUGCGCAUGCUCGCCUUCGGCAAUCAAUUCGCAACGGUGGCUUUCAGGGCUUAUGCACAGGGUCAUUAAGCGCCGCUGCACUGGCAUGCUCAACGACAAGAGCCGAGAUAGAUCAGAACGCAGCAGUUGCGUUGAAUCUGGCCAUGUGCAUUGGAGCCUAUGUGGAUCUGGGACUAGCUUUGGAGCCCGAUUCACCAAUGACUUGCUUCAUCGCACGGUGGCGACAUGGUUCUCAAAGGGAGGACGUUGACCAGAUCUUGAAUAAUUAUCCUCAGGUACGUCUCAAAUCAGACCUAUCAGGCCAUGAACCUGUGACUCAUUUUUUUGUCCCUAAGGCCUAUGUUUCAGUCAAUAUGGAUGAGUGCAGCGCAACAAUAACCGCCUUGGAGGCCAGCAUUCCAGCAUUGCGCGAUUGUCUUCGCAGCAAGUCAAUUCAAUUUGCGAAAGUACAAGUCAACGGCCGCUAUCAUACCGUGAGAAAUAUCAAAUCCCUGGGAAAUCUGCUCGAAUUUUCUCAACAUCAGUCAAAGCUGCGUUUUCCACAAACAGAUUAUCAGAAUAUUCCCUGGCGAAAUAACACCACGGGGAAAGUGGUGGAAAGAGCAGAUCAGUUACAUGAAAUUUGCCUCCGCUCAAUUCUCACAGAGCCAGCAAGUUGGCAUCUAACCAUAUCGGAGACUGUCAAAACUAUUGCAUCUGCUACACCCGAUGACUGCCACAUUCAAAUCCUGGAGGUUGGUCUUAUAUCUUGUGUGCCAUCGUCUCUCUCAUCUUUGCCAAACGUGCACGUUUCUCGAGCCGCUGUGCCCGGCGAGACCCAAAAUAUUUCUGAGCUUCGUGACUAUAAUUACACGGAAGAAUGUAUCGCGGUUGUCGGAGCUGCAUGCAAAUAUCCUGGGGCCGAAUCAUUGGACGAGCUUUGGAGGGUCAUUUCGACAGCGCAAACUAUGAAUGGUCAAGCCCCAUCUCAAAGAUAUGAUCCGACGGACUUGCGCCAAGGCCCUUCUCAAUCGAUGGACUUGAGUGGGAACUUUAUAUCGGGCGUGGACCAAUUUGACUACUCAUUUUUUGGAAUAUCCCCACGUGAAGCUAUGUACAUGGAUCCGCAACAACGAAUCGCGUUGCAGGUUGCUUACCGGGCUGUCGAGUCUUCCGGAUAUUUUGGAGAUGGGUCACAAACUACAGAGGUCGGCUGUUACCUCGGUGUAGGUGGGUCUGACUACGAACACAAUGUCAACGCCCAUACUCCAACUGCCUUUUCGUUCAUUGGCACUUCCCGAGCCUUCAUCAGUGGGCGCAUCAGCCAUUUCUUCCGAUGGACUGGACCCUCUAUGACGAUUGACACGGCGUGCUCGUCCUCCGCGGUUGCGAUCCACCAGGCAUGUCGAGAUAUCUUAUCGGGCGACUGUGCAAUGGCCCUAGCAGGUGGCAUCAAUGUCAUGUCAAAUUCAACUACGCAUCAGAAUCUUGCUACUGCCAACUUCCUCAACGCCACAAGUACACCCUGUCGGUCCUUUGAUUCUGGUGGGAAUGGCUACUCUCGUGGGGAAGGAUGCGGAUUGGUGGUCCUUAAAAAGUUAACCGUGGCCGUUGCUGACGGCGACCAUAUUCUCGGCGUAAUUCCAGCCACAGCUACAAAUCAAUCCGACGGUAGCAGCUCUAUCACUGUCCCAGUUUCAGAACAACAGAUCAGCCUUUAUCGCCGGGCAUUGGGUCGUGCGAAGAUGAUACCUGAAGAUAUAUCAUACGUCGAGGCGCAUGGUACAGGAACCCCGCGAGGAGAUCCAAUCGAAUGGAGAAGUAUUCACGAAGUCUUUGGUCGAGGAAGGGAGAGCAACCUAAAUAUCGGUUCGGUCAAAGGCAAUAUUGGGCAUACAGAGGCUGCAUCAGGCGUCGCGAGUGUCUUGAAAGUGCUUUUGAUGAUCAAGUAUCAGCAGCUGCCACCACAAGCCCACUUCACAAGCUUGAAUCACGACAUUCCUUCUGCGCAACAGAAACACCUGACGGUGAACAAAAGAUCCCUGCAAUGGAAUCGGAGGCUGCGGGCAGCGUGUGUGAACAAUUAUGGUGCGUCUGGCAACAAUACUGUCAUAAUUGUCUGCGAACCGCCAAAGGCCAAGACGACAAAAAGCCUCAUCCGAGACGAGCGGGGAAACCAGACUGGCACUUCUCAUCCCUUUUUGAUAUCGGGACACUCGCUGGGAAGUUUGAAAAGAAAUAUUGCAGCCAUCUCGAAGUUCGUCGAUAUGUGUCAUCCUACACUUGAUGACGUGGCUUUCAAUGUUGCGCGAAUGCAAAAUCGCAGCCUUCGUCAUCGAGUAGUUUUUGGUGCAUCAUCUCUUGAAGAAUUGCAGCAUCGCUUGAAGGAUCCGAGUCAUCUCUCUUUGGACACCCAUACCACCGAAGCCGGUCCAAAACCAGUCGUGAUGGUCUUUUCUGGCCAAAGUGGCGUGACAGUUCAUCUGCACAAGGCUGUCUACGAUGCAUCCUGUCUGGUUCGGAAGCACGUGGACCAAUGUGAUGCCAUUCUCCGCAGCAUGGGGUUGCCAUCCAUGUUUCCCGCCAUCUUUAGUCAGGACCCAAUCUCCGACAUUGUUCAGUUGCACUGCGCAAUUUUUACACUUCAAUAUGCAUGUGCGGCCGCUUGGCUCGAUUCAGGAUUGAGUGUGCAAAGGGUCAUUGGCCACAGUUUUGGUCAAUUGACCGCGAUGUGCGUCGCUGGCAUCAUAACGCUGUCUGACGGUUUGAAGCUUGUAUCCGGUCGGGCUAAGUUGAUCGAGUCCAAGUGGGGCAAUGAAAAAGGAGCCAUGCUCUCCAUCAAAGCAGAUAGAGCGACUACCGUCGCCCUGACUCAAUCUGAAGCAAAGCUCGGUUUGGAAAUCGCAUGCUUCAAUGGACCAACAAGCCAUGUGCUUGUGGGGAGCAAUGCAGCUAUCGAGACCGUGGCAAGCACAGCGUCAAAUUCAACUGUGCGGAAGCUGAAUACUAGUCAUGGAUUCCAUUCAAGGUAUAUCGAUUCGUUCUUGGAUGAGUAUCUCGAGUUGGCCCAGAGUAUAAAUUAUUCAACUCCAACCAUCCCAAUCGAGACAUGUUCGGAACUAUCAAGCUGGGAGAGCUUUACUCCAGCCCUGGUGGUGGAGCACUCACGAAAGCCAGUUUACUUUGUUGAUGCUGUCCGUCGAAUCAAAGAGAGCCUUGGGUCGUGUGUUUGGCUUGAAGCAGGCUCUGGAUCCAGUGGAGUAACUCUAGCAAAGUCUGCGCUGAAUGGUAGCGAUUCGGACUCUUUUCAUGGGCUGCAACUUGGGACAGAAGACGCCCUGGAAAGCCUCAGCGAGACAACUUCGCGACUUUGGAAAGAUCGUGUGUCAGUGCAAUUUUGGAAAUACCAUCGAGGAGAAAAUUCUUCGUUCAAACCACUCUCUCUCCCGGGCUAUCAAUUCGACGAAACAUCUCACUGGCUACCUCGGGCGGAGCGAGUACGAAAUGAGCCAUUGUCUAAAAGGGUGCCACCUAUGCUUUCACUGGAAAACUUUUCGAGUCCCGAGCGCCACCUCUCAGUAUUCACGAUUGAUCAACUGUCUUCCGAAAUCGCUGAGAUCUUACAAGCCCGUAAAGUGCUAGACGGACUCCUUUGGCCGCUGUCAUUAUACAUUGAACUGGUCUGUCGGGCUGCAGCUCUUCUCACGCCAGCAUUACCACGAGAAUUUCAACGCCUGCGAGUCGAAAAUCUUGAGAUCAAGUCUCCGCUUGGGUCUCAAGUAGACACUCAUUUGGAAUUGCGGCUAAGAAUAACCGGCCAGAGGGCCUGGGAGUGGUCUUUGGAAGGCCAGACCAGCAUGCAAACUCUGCUGUACGCCACGGGAAGAGUAGUCCUCGAAGAUCGACGACGGUCAGGAACCGAAAUCCAGCGGUCUUAUCUCAGCAUUCUUGAAAGCAAGCAUUGCCGUGGCCUUCUUGCUGAUGAUACAGCGUUCUCCGCAUCGGGCAGCAUUGCCUAUAAGCUUCUUGAAAAAGUUGCAGAGUACGACAUGUCUUAUCAGGCCAUUGCGUCAAUUAAGAUGAAUGAACAAGAAGCUCUCGCUCAGGUCAUCGUGCCACGGGCUGCUGGUGAGUGGGUGAAGCGAAAGACUGUGCAUCCUGUUCUGCUCGACCAAUUCACACUCGUUGCUGAGUUACACGCCCUCUCGAUGAUCAAGUGCAAGCGAGCAGAAGUUUUUACUUGCUCCGAAGUCGGGGAAACAGUCGUGUACGAAGAAUUGUCGCCGGUCUCUACAGCAUCAUGGACAGUCUACACUUACCAGUCAUCGCUGCACGGCCGUGUCGCAACUUACGAUAUCUACGUUUUCGACUCUGCCAGUAGGACGAUCAUUUUUUCAGUUCUGGGUGCUAAAUUUGUCAAGAUUUCUUCUCAUAUCCUCCAAGAGAUUGUGCAUCGUGCGAACUCCACCCCGGAUCUCAGUGAAAACACCCUUCAAACCAAAGCCGCAUCACCAGCUAUGCAAACGAUUCAGAAAGCAGACCCCCUUCCAACCCUACCAACAAAUCUUCAUUCCUUACCACAUGUCUGGUCCGUGGCAGCACAGCUUGUUCAUGAGCUCACGGGUUACCCAGUAGAGCGCAUUACAGCAGAAACGAUGCUAUGCAACGUUGGCAUGGACUCAUUGGCAGCGACAGAGCUCGAGCACAAAAUUAGAGAAAUCCUCGAAGCUGAUAUCAAUAUCCAGUCCUUUGGACAAAAUUUCACUUUUGGCUCCCUUGUGGACAUGGUUCCUUCGCAGGGAAGCUCCAGGCAGGCCGAAAACACUGGAAGCUCCAUCUGCUCUACUCCUUUCACCUCAUCUGCGGGUCGCUCCUCUCCUGUCUCAGAAGUUGACAGCUGCGGAAUCUUGAGUGAUGCUAUGAUCAAAUUGUGCAAGAUCGUCGAAGAGUACCUUGGAAGCACUGAAUCCGUGCAGCCUGGAAUGGAGCUUCGGAGUCUAGGACUCGACUCACUUGUCACGAUGGAGCUUGAGUCGGAGCUAUAUAAGACGUUUGGCCAGCAAUUGAGCUUGAUGCAGAUGGGCGAGGAAGUGACAAUAAAUGAACUCCAUGAUCUUCUUAUGCAAUCGCAUCUAGCAACGGUUGUUGAUGAAAGAAUUGAGUCAAAACAGUCCAUCGCCUGGAAGGCUUCACAGUCUCCUCAUUUUGUCGAUGAGGCUGCGGACACAUUUGCACUGGUGCAAUAUAAGAUCGGAGAAUAUGCGGAAGCAGCUCACUUCCUGGGAUUUUUUGAUCGCGUCUACCCACAACAGAUGUCCCUUGUACUUGCUUACGUGACAGAAGCUUUUGCAGCAUUGGGGUGUGAUCUCAGUGAAAUUUCGCCAGGAAGCUUGAUUCCUUGCAUUCCUCACAUCCCGAAACAUGACAAUGUUAUAGCUUAUUACCAUCAUUUCCUUCACCAAGUGGGUCUCAUCAUUCCGUCCGACAAUGGGUUUAUUCGAACCUCUGAGCCCUGCAAGCGGGUUGAUCCCGGCCCAUUGCACCUCGAUAUUGUUCACAGCUUCCCGUACCACGGCUCUGAGCAUGAAUUGCUGCGCCGGACCGGUGCGCAGCUCGCAGACUGCCUCACCGGCAAGGCCGAUGCCCUCCGUCUCCUCUUCAGUGACAAGACCACUGGGGAGCUCCUCCAGGACGUCUAUACGAACGCGCCGAUGUUCAAAAUGGGAACCCUCAUCCUCGGCCAUUUCCUACCUCAGGCCCUUGAGUCUUUCGCGGCGACCUGCAAAGAGCCUGUGCGCAUACUAGAGCUUGGCGCGGGCACUGGCGGAACUACACGAUUCAUUCUUGAUCAGCUAGUCACACGAGGUAUACCGAUCCAGUACACUUUCACUGAUAUCUCCUCGACGCUUGUCUCACGUGCUCGUGAUACUUUCCGUGCCUACGAUUGCGUUGAGUACAUGACCUUGAAUGUCGAGCAGAUUCCUCCCGAGGUGGCUGGAAGCUACGAUGUUAUUCUUUCGUCCAAUUGUAUCCAUGCCACAAAGGACCUGCGACAAUCAUGUCAAGGAUUGUAUGAUCUCUUACGGCCAAAAGGUAUGCUCUGCCUUCUCGAGCUGACCCGAGACGUUCCGUGGCUUGAUCUUACUUUUGGUCUCCUCGAUGGAUGGUGGCGCUUUGAUGAUGGGCGGGAGCAUGCGCUUGCUAAUGAGCAGAUGUGGAAGAGGCUGCUUCAAGGAGCGGGAUUCACCCAUGUGGAUUGGUCGAACGACGAAAGUCGCGAGUCAGAUGUAUUUAGAUUGAUCAUGGCGCUGAAGAAGUAG